AUAUAUCGAUACCACCUACGGUUUUUGCAUCGCAGUUAUUAUUAUUAUUAUUUUACAACAAAAUGCGGAGCCAGCGGUUUCUAUUCGUGGCCAUUUUGGCCUGUUUUCUGGUGACUAUCAAAUCCACGCCCCUCAGCGACAUAUCGGACUCGAAUGAAUCGACUUCGGUGGAUGAGAAGACACAGAAACGUCCAGACGAUGACAGUGAAUUCGAUGGUUUCCCCUUUCGGGAAGAUGAUGAUUCCCUGCAGGACUCGUCGAGGGAGAUGUCUGUGCAGGAUCACAACUGGGAUGUGCUGAUUUUCACGCAACAAUGGCCGGUGACUACUUGCUAUCAUUGGCGUGAGGAGAACCCCGACCAGGAGUGCAGCCUACCCCAGAAAAAGGAGUUCUGGACUAUUCACGGCAUCUGGCCAACGAAACUGCACCAAAUGGGACCCAGUUUCUGCAAUAACUCGGCCAACUUUGAUCCAAACAAACUGAAUCCCAUUGAGGAUCGACUGGAGACCUUUUGGCCGGAUCUCAAGGGCAUGGACUCCACGGAGUGGCUUUGGAAACACGAAUGGCAAAAGCACGGAACAUGCGCUAUGCUGGUGGAGGAACUGGACAACGAACUCAAGUACUUCGAGCAGGGACUCACUUGGCGUGAGGAGUACAUCAUGUCGCGCAUCCUAGAUGCCUCUGACAUCCAUCCCGAUUCCAACAACACGGUGGCGGCCAUCAAUAAUGCGAUAGUCAAGGCACUGGGCAAGAAUCCGUCCAUUCACUGCCUAUACGAUGGCAAACACGGCAUCAGCUAUCUAUCGGAGAUUCGCAUUUGCUUCAGCAAAUCCCUGGAGCUCAUCGACUGCGAUGGUAUCGAGCAGGGUGAUGCUGUGCCCGUUGGUGUUCCUGGUGGCACUAUCAUUACCAACUGCCACAUCGGUAGCCUCGUGCACUAUCCCAGCCUGGUGCCACCGCUACAAAGGAAAAGCCAUUGGAAGUUACCCCUCGUGAACGUCUACAAGUUGCUGCAAUUCCUCAUGUGGUUCACCUUGUAAACAGGUCGUUGUGCAAUCCAAGCUGGGAAGUAUUUUGAGGCGCGCCUUAGGAGGACUCAUCGUUAACUCCAAUAUUAUUUGAUACUUCCACUGAUGGUGUGCUGGAGAUUCGGAGCUUAACAAUCAUAAACGAACUAAGACACUCGUUUUUAAAUAGCUGCAAAACUAGUAAAUUAUAAAAAAAAGAUGUCAUAUUUUAUAUUAUAUACUUAAAAGGAUCUACCAUUUUAUACAUUUAUUGUUUGGUUAUCCAUCCACAAUUCGAUAGGAUUAUUUAUAAUGUACAAAAUUCUAAACAUCGUACGAUGUUAAUCAAUCUGUAUUUGAUUUCACACUUAUUAGUUUGUAGGCUCUCCUUUGUUGACAUAAACUUUGUUUUGUUUCUAUUUAAAGCUUAUAAGCAUGUACUCCCCUUAAAAGACACUCAUUGUGAAUAUAUUUGUAUUCCAAACUCAUAGAUACUAUUUCUGUGACUAUUAACUCAUGUAAACUUCGUUUUUAACGAUUGCCUAAUUGUUCUAUUGAAUUUGAGUUUAAUACGCUGCAUAAAACUGACCAAGCUGUCCAAUCAUACUGUAUCUCUUACUAGUUACUAAGAUCACAUUUGUUUGAUUAAAACACAUCGAAUUGA